AUUCAACACCUACCAUGCCCGGUUGUUUACACUAGAUUGACCACAUAAUGUGACGUAAACACAGCUCGGUAAAACAGAGAAAUCCCUGCAGAGUCAACUUGUUGAUUACGACACAGCAGGUCACACGAGUGUAUUUACAACGACUUAACUUUUCUAUUGACCCAAAGUUUAAUGUGAAAUGGAUAAUGGAUUUCUUUUGCGACUGUUGUGACAAAUCAGGUCAGAUAAGGGUUCCCUGGAAUCCUACGGCACCGCAUUGCUGAUUUCUUUUUGGGGUGCAGGCACAUGUCAUCACGGUAAGCCAUGGCGGAGAAUAACCACACGAUCACCGGGAACAUUUCAGAAGUGGCGGGAAACUCGGGUUUGGAUUACCUCAACCGAACGACCCCCAGGCAACAAUACCCGGGAUACUACGAUGAGUACUUUUACGAUUAUGAUGACUCCAUCAGCACGAUACCCUUGGGGGAGGUGAUCCCGGUGGCCUUGGUUUACGGGCUUACUCUCAUUCUUGGGGUCACGGGCAACACCCUUGUUAUCUUCUCUAUCGGGAGGUACAAACCCAUGAGGAGUAUUACCAACAUAUUUCUGCUCAGCCUGGCUUCCGCCGACCUUCUACUUGUCUGUAUCUGUGUUCCAGUCAAGUGCAUCGCUUUCUUCACGUUUACCUGGGAACUGGGUUUGUUCAUGUGUAAGUUUGUCCACUACAUGCAGAAUGUCUCCAUGAUCUGCUCUGUGGUGACCCUUACCGUCAUGAGUGUGGAGAGGUUCAUAGCCAUACUGUUCCCCCUCCAGGCCAAAUCCUUGUGCACUCCGAAACACGCAAUUAUCCUGUGUAUUCUAAUCUGGGGCAUGUCCUUCAUCCUGGCAAUCCCCAUUCUCUUUGGUCAGACUGAGGUUGAAGUUGGAGUGCUUCGUAAGGCUUUUUGGUGUAUGAAGCGCUGGGAGAAGCCGUUGUAUGAUAAGCUGUAUGAAAUGUACAUGCUGGUCUUACUCUUCAUCAUACCUGUCUUCAUCAUGGUCAUCGCUUACGCUGGCAUCUGCCGUGAGCUGUGGGUCGUGACGUCACAUCGGGCACAGCUGCGGGCGUCAAGCGAUGUCCAAACUAUGUAUUACCAUCCUGCCGGGCAUACGGUGGCUCCUGUAGCCAGAUCCUACUUCGCUAAACAAAAAGUCAAGAAAGUCUCAAAGGAAGAUGACAACACUAGGAGACAGGUCAUCCAGAUGUUGGUGGUUGUUGUCGUACUGUUUGCAGUGUGUUGGGGACCAAUACUGAUUAACAACGUUUUGGCUGCCUGGGGAGUCAUACACAAACUUCACUACGCCUACCUCAAGCCCAUGAGACAGGCGUUUUUCCUUAUGUCCUACCUUAACAGUUGUGUCAACCCAAUCGUCUAUGGAUUUAUGUCUAAAAAUUUUCGAGAAAGGUUUCGUCACGCGAUUUGUCGCGCGUGCGGACGCCGGAUGUGGCUGUCCCGAUGGUUUCGUAAGCGGAAACAUGAGCGAGGAAAUCGACCCUCUAGACUGACUGGAACCAUCAGCAUGUCGAGAACAAUGUCCAUGAGAACGGACCUGGAGACAGACCAGACAGACUACCUGUCAGAUACCAUACGGCCCAUAGCCCCUUUCGAAAACAGCUCCGAUACGACUUAA